AGCUUCCAGUUAGCUCCCCAAUAUGCCAUGCAGUUUUGAAAACGCUACAGCGCUGGGAACAAGUUCUUCUCCGGCGUCUUGAGCUGUAUGGGGGUCCACCUCAACAUUACAUUUCCAUUCAUGCGUCUGAAGAAGCCCUAGCUGCAGGUCCUGCAUUGCUUCGCCAUAAAACUUUGCUUGAGCCUACAAACACUCCAUUCAGAUCUAACAGCCACGUUGCACUAUCUGUGAAGAGGCUCUGGCAGUACUUGGUUAAACAGGAAGAAGUGCAGGAAACCUUUAUCAGAAAUAUUUUUACAAAGAAGCGAUGCCUAAACGAGUCAUUAGAGGAGCACAAUGAAACCAUGAAAAAUUCGGUGGUGGAGCCGCCCAUUGUCAAUAAGAUACAGAUAGAAACAGAUUCGGGAUACCCAGGAGGCAAGGCAAGAAUAAUCCAUAAAGAGUCUGACAUCAUUACUGCUUUUGCAGUCAAUAAGGCAAAUCGAAACUGCAUUGCAAUAGCGUCGAGUCAUGAUAUUCAAGAAUUAGAUGUUUCUGCAAUUCUGGCCACACAGAUCUACACCUGGGUUGAUGAUGACGUGGAAAUAGAAAACAAAGGGGCUGAUGAUUUCUUAGUUAUACAUGCUCGUGAUGAUCUGGUAAAUGUUCAGGGAACCACUCCUUAUACUCAUAGUAAUCCUGGCACACCUAUCAAUAUGCCUUGGCUUGGUAGUACACAAACUGGCAGGGGUGCAUCUGUGGAAUAUUCCAAUAAAUUUAAUGGAAUCAGAAAGGAAUUGGCAAGAAAAGAGAUGCUCAAGAAAGCUAUUAAUAAUGUCAGAAGAAUGGCUUCUCAUCCAACCUUACCAUAUUACCUGACAGGUGCUCAAGAUGGUAGUGUAAGAAUGUUUGAAUGGGGUCACGCACAGCAAAUCACAUGUUUUCGGUCUGGUGGCAACUCAAGGGUAACUCGAAUGAGAUUCAAUUACCAAGGAAAUAAGUUUGGAAUUGUUGAUGCUGAUGGAUAUAUAAGUUUAUAUCAAACAAAUUGGAAAUGUUGCCCACUUACUGGAACUUCACCUAAACCAUAUUUGACGUGGCAAUGUCAUAACAAAACAGCCAAUGACUUUGUUUUCAUCAGUUCAUCAUCUUUGAUAGCUACAGCAGGAUUGUCUUCUGACAACAGAAAUAUUUGUCUUUGGGAUACUUUGGUUUCACCUACAAAUAGCUUGGUGCACGCUUUUAUCUGUCACGAUAGUGGAGCAACUGUGCUAGCAUAUGCUCCAAAACAUCAGCUGUUAAUAUCUGGAGGCAGAAAAGGCUUUACAUGUAUAAUUGAUCUUCGCCAAAAACAGCAGCAACAAUUACUCCAGAGUCAUGAUUCUCCAGUCAAAGCAAUUGCUGUUGAUCCUACAGAAGAGUACUUCGUCACAGGGUCUGCUGAAGGCAACAUAAAGGUAUGGAGUCUGUCUACGUUCAGUCUUCUUCACACUUUCAUCAAUGAACAUGCUCGACAGUCUCUUUUCAGAAACAUUGGGACAGGAGUCAUGCAAAUUGAGACAGGACCAGCAAAUCAUAUAUUCUCCUGUGGUGCGGAUGGAACAGUAAAAAUGAGAAUCUUGCCGGAUAGAUUUAGCCCUCUAAAUGAUGUGUUAAAAAAUGAUGUGAAAUUUCUGAUCUAAUAUUUUUUUCUUAGAGCAGUGUAUAACGUUCCCCUUCUGCCAUCCCUGAACAUGAUGUUUGUUUCUGGAAGUAGCCAACAAAGCAGAUACAUAAUGAUCAUAAUGAUAACUUGUGCCACAAAGAUGCUUUUUAUUUUUAUUUUUUUUUUAAAU